AUGACGAGGCACAACGGAAGCGUGGAUACGAUAAGUCGGCAAAAGAGCUAUGCUGAUAACAGAAGACGAGAUAUCGAGUUCCAAGUAGGGGAUUUUGUAUUCCUAAAGGUCUCCCCUUCCAAAGGCGUUGCAAGAUUUGGAAAGAAAGGAAAGUUAAACCCAAGGUUCAUUGGACCUUUUGAGAUCCUUGAAAGAAUUGGCUCUAUCGCUUAUAAGAUUGCCUUACCACCAUCGAUGUGUCAUAUUCAUGAUAUAUUUCAUGUGUCAAUGCUCAGAAAGUAUAUACCUGAUCCCUCUCAUGUCAUUGAGUAUGAGACGAUUGUGAUUGAGAAAGACUUAUUUUACAAGGAAGAGCCCAUUCGGAUUAUUGAUAAAAAAGAGAAGAUCUUAAGAAAUAGAAUCAUUUAUCUGGUUAAAGUAAUUUGGAAGCAUCAUUCUACAAAUGAAACGACCUGGGAGCUAGAGGAAGAAAUGAAGAAAGCUUAUCCUCAUCUUUUCGCCGAAAGAGGUAUGACAAAUUUAGUGGACUAAAUUUUCUUUUAAGGAGGGGAGAGUGUAAUAUCCCCCAUUUAAAAAAAAAAUUAGUAAAUGCUUGUUUGUAAAUAUGAGGAUUAUUUAAUAAUUUUUUUAUUAAAUAAUAUUAUAUUAAAGUUUAUGGCUAAGGACCUAAGAGUAAAUAUUAAAAGUUUGAGAUAAUUUAUAGAAUAUUCAGAAUUGAGUAAAUAAAAAAAUAAAAAAAUAAAAAAAUAAAAUAAAAUGGAGGACAUGUGUCAUUAACAAGG